AUGCGCGCGUCCAUCCUUCUAGUGGUGGCAAGCCUCCUGAGUACCAUCUCAGGCUUCUCAGCACAGAACACAGUAUACCUAAUCCGCCACGGUGAAAAGCCAGAAGAUGACAAAGAACAUGGACUCAGUCCCCAGGGAUUGGAACGAGCUCAAUGUCUGAGAAACGUGUUUGGGACUUCAUCUGGAUACUACAUCGACUACAUAAUUGCUGAACGGCCGAAAUCCGAUGGAUCGCGUAACCGCCCCCUAAUGACCGUCCAACCGCUCGCCGACGAUCUAGGUAUUACCGUCGACACGUUCUGCCAGCGCGACGACUUUAGUUGUGUAGCCAAACUUGUUUUCGAUCACGACAAAUUUCGAAGUGGGAAUGUCUUGAUUUGCUGGGAGCAUGAUGCUUUGACGGAUAUUGUGGAGGCGUUGGGCGAUAACGAUGCGCCUACUUAUCCCGAUGCUUCCUUCAAUUACAUCUGGACGGAUCCGAGUCCCUAUGGUGCCGUUACACAGGAGACGUCUGAGAUGUGCCCAGGACUUGAUUCCUAG